AUGGAGGACUACAUAGACGACAUGCUAGUCAAUGCUUCUCGACGAGCAAAUCACAUCAAGAAUCUUGCCGAAUCAUUCAGUCUGCUCCAAAAUCUCAUCCGGUCGAUUUUGGGAUACUUAGUCACCCAAAGAGGCAUCGAAGCACAUCCAAAUCAAAUCAAGCUCAUCCUUAACAUGAAGUCACUUGCUACAAUGAGGGAGAUACAAAGUCUAAUGGGCAUAACAACAACUCUCAACCGAUUCCUUUCAAGAUCCACCUACAAGUGCAGACCAUUCUUCAAAGCCUUGAUGAAAGGACAAAGAGACAAGUGGGAUGAAGAGUGUGAAGUUGCUUUCCAAAACUUGAAAACCUACCUCACUUCACCUCCCCUACUCUCAAAACCAGUACCAGGUGAAGAGUUGUUCAUUUACUUGGUAGUGUCUAAUUUAGCAAUCAGCUUAGCUCUCAUUCGAGAAGAGUUGGGGGCACAAAGUCCAGUAGAGACUCACUAUCAGAAAAUUGAUAGGCUAAUUUUGUCACUUGUAGUUUCCGCAAGAAAGUUAAGACCCUACUACCAAGCUUACCAAAUUAUCGUCAUGACAUAA